UUCAGUUUUUGAAGUUAGUUGUCAUCGGUCGCUGGAUUAUAGCUGGAAUUCUGCUGCUAAAACGUAUUGUGUGAUUAAUAGAGGUGAAUUCCGAUCGUAAACCAAAUAAGAGUCCGUUUUAAAUCGUGGUUGAGUUUCUGUAUCGGCGAAUUGAUGUCCAAACGGCUAGCUGCGGAUGUCGCCUGUUUACUAAACGUGCUCUAGGCGCUAAAGUUUUUGUAUGAGUUGAAGGCUUUGCUUGUGGAUAACGGGAGGGAGAGCAGGGAAGGCCCGGUGAAGCCUCGGCUUUGGAGUGGUGAUCAUGGCCGGAAAUUUUGACGCGGAGGACCGUGGCAGUUGGUACUGGGGUCGGUUGAGCAGGCAGGAGGCUGUGUCUCUGUUGCAGGGACAGAGGCACGGCGUGUUUCUGGUCCGGGACUCCAUCACCAGCCCCGGGGACUACGUGCUCUCGGUAUCCGAGAACUCCAAAGUCUCACAUUACAUAAUUAACAGCAUCAGCAACAACCGACAAUCCGGUCCAGGUUUGGUCCAUCCGAGAUUCCGUAUUGGUGACCAGGAGUUUGAUGCUCUCCCUGCUUUGCUAGAAUUCUACAAAAUCCACUACUUGGACACCACCACCUUGAUAGAACCUAUCAACAAGUCCAAACACACCUCCUUCAUCAGCGUUGGCCCCGGUGGAGGCCCACCACCGCGCCUGGAAGACGAGUAUGUCCGGGCACUUUUCGAUUUCCCCGGCAACGAUGAAGAAGAUCUCCCGUUUAGGAAGGGUGACAUUCUCCGAGUUCUUGAGAAGCCAGAGGAGCAGUGGUGGAAUGCCCAGAACUCUGAAGGCCGGGCAGGGAUGAUCCCGGUGCCGUACGUGGAGAAGUACCGACCGUCGUCUCCGAGUUCUGUGGCGGGGCCUGGUGUGCCUGGGGGACCGCCGGGAGGGAUGGGGAUGCUAGGGAACUCUGACGGCUCUGCGGCUCAGCCCGGCACUCCGCUUCUGGGAGACCCCAGCCAGUACGCCCAGCCCACCCCUCUCCCAAAUCUCCAGAACGGACCUGUCUAUGCCAGGGCCAUACAGAAGAGGGUGCCCAAUGCCUACGACAAGACUGCCCUGGCCUUAGAGGUGGGCGACAUGGUGAAGGUGACCAAAAUUAACGUGAACGGCCAGUGGGAGGGGGAAUGUAAAGGCAAACGCGGCCACUUUCCCUUCACACACGUCAAACUGCUGGACCAGCACAAUGCGGAGGACGAACUCAGCUGAGAGCGGACAGCUUGGCCGCAACCUGGACAUUAGUAUUAGACCCUUUCUCACCCGCCUCCCCCCUCCUUUCCUUCCUAUUCCCACACACUCCCCUGCUCUCUCCUCCCUCACGUCUGCUCCAGCUUUUACCUGCACCAAGUACAUUUUCAGAGAAUCACUGAGAACAAAAACAAACAGACCCUUGUUGGACCCUUGUAAUGCACACCCUCCAUUUCUACCCCUCUGAGUAAUCAUGCCUGCCGUCCUCCACUACCUGCUCUGACUGACAGACUUCAACAUGGGUCAUAUACUCUACAGUGGAAACAGAAGAUAUACUGAGUUUCCUGUUCUGCGGAUAUGGCAACACCCUUUACACCCACCCCACCCAACUCCCCCUCGUCAUCUUCCCUGACGCGGACACCUUAUCAACACUCGCUCCUCAGGAGACUCCUCGCCGCAGAAUUCAGCCACUUCCUCUUCCUGUGUCGGAGCCAGUAGAUAACUGCUCAGCACUGUGUCAUUUUUCAUCCUCAUCCAUCACCAUGUUUACGGCGCUGUAGGAUCACUCAUGCUGCAUUCAUGUCAGAUGGGAAUACAGUAACAAGUUGAAGAGUAACAACACAGUUUUCAUGUGUUUUGUCUUGUUUGAAGCUGUUCUGGCACCAUCAUUCAAUUCUUUUUUUUAUUUUUUAUUUUAACAAACUGUUUAAAGGAAUAGUCCGACAAUUUAGGAAAUGUGAUUAUUCACUUUCUCGCUAAGAGUUAGGAAAGAAGAUCAAUAACAGUUUCCUGUCUGCACAGUAAAUAUGAAGCUACCACCCACAGCCAGUUAAUUUAGCUUAGCAUAAAGACUGGAAGUGGGGGGGAUGAUUAGCUUGGCUCUAAACAAAAAAUAUCAAAAUCCUCAACUAACUAGGUAUAUCUUGUUUAAUUUAAUCCACACAAAAAACCUAAGUGUAUUAAUACAAAUUCAUGGAUUUACAAAUGUUAUGUACCUAUUUUUUUGGCUGUGACCAGUUGCCAGGCAACCAGUGGAUUCUGCAGGAAGUCACUCCAUCCAGCCAAGAAAUAGCCAAGAAAUUGUUGUCGACGCUUGCUGAAACUACGCAGAUUUUGUUACUAUUGGACAGAGUCUGGCUAGCUGCCCCCCCCCACACACACACACACACACACACUUCCUGUCUUUAUGCUAAGCUAAGCUAACUGUCUGCUGUUUUUCAUCGUACAGACAAAGAGAGUGGUGUCCAUCUUCCUAUCUAAGACAGCAAAUAAACAUAUUGCCCCAAAUAUCGAGCUAUUCAUUUAAUUCUGAUCUGCUUGUUUCACUUUUGCAGUCCAUGCUCGUAAUGAGUGAUGAAUUUGAGCACAAUUAUUCUCUCAAACUUGCCAUGACAGCCUCUAAUUUUUUCUACGUUUGCCCCCUAAUUUUUCCAGACUGGUACCUUCAUUCAGGAAAUGAAAGAAAUGGGGGUCCUGACUAAUGCUGAAGGAAUUUGUAGGCGCUUACAACACCUGAAACUUAUGUCCUGAAACCGGACAGAACAAUAUUCUCUGACAUGUAACCAGCCUUCCUAAACUGAGGGGAAGGGGAUUUUCUAGUUUAAAACUUUGCAUCUACUUUUGUUUUUAUUGGACAUGAAUGCAGCAUUAUUUUUGGUUCAACCCAAGACUGUGAGGGACAAGAGCAGCGAGACUUAAAUGCCUGUACAUGUGCAGCAUUUUAUCACUGGGAGGAUUAACAGAGGAAUAUCACUUCACACAAAGAACUGCAAGAAGCUAGGUCCAGCUGGAGGUGUACAGUUCUCGAGGAGCAGGUCCAGGACCAGUCCAGCACCCGCCCACCCUCCACACCAAAUAUCAAAUGGAGAAAACAAAAACUGAGUCGAGACCAGCAGCUAGUAGCGACUUCAUGUAGUCAUAGCCGUAGAUCAGAGAACCUGAGAAACUUCUGUUGUUGAGGUGGAGAUAAAGGCAACACUACAUUCAACUUCUCCACACCUUGGUUCCCCUCAGCCCCCCCCCCCCCUCAUCAACCCACCACCUACGACCAAGUACCACCAAGUAGUCUUUUUGUAAGAAAAAAAGAACAUAUUGUUAUGAAAUGAUGUACUAUGUGAUUAUCAUUACAUGCUAAUAUUUUUUUUGUUUAUCUUUGUAGUUUUCUUCAUAGCUGGGUUUGUCUGGGGGAGGGGAGGGGGGGGGGCAGUUUCCAUGUACACUUUUUACUGCUGCAUGUCAGGAGGGAGCAAUUGGUUGCUGGUGCAAAAUGGAUAAACUGACUGGGAGGGAGGGAAGGCGCACGUUGGUUUGCCCCCCCCCCCCCUCUCCCUCAGCCGUCACAAUACCACGUGUUCUAAUUCUUCGUCUGAUGUACAUGAAUGAAGUUGAACGGAGUGAAUGUAGGCUGUCCACCAUGUUAGUUAGUAACGUCUUCUCAUAUUAGUGCUCUCCAUUCAGCUCACUGAGUAUACCUUAGCGAAAACAGUCUGCUCUGUGUUCAGAUCUUGUCAAAUGUGUCCAAGAAAAGAUAAAGUGGUGUUAUUUGGUACCUGCCCUUUGUUUUUAAUCUAUUAAUAAUCUUGCUGCCACCUUGCACUAUAUUGUUCUUUUAAUCCUGGGGCUCAUCAGCCUGCGUUUCUUUUGUGCUUCCUCACUCAAUCCUCUGCCCCUCUUUUAUUUAAAGCCUUGUCCAUUUAUGAUGCACACGCCAACAUGGACUAUUUCUUGUACUGUUUUUCUUUCUACCCACCGCUAUUUCUGUCUUGCCAAGAGAUCAGGCAAAUUAUAGUAAAAUUAUAGUAAAAAUUGCCUUCUUUUUUUUUUCCUGAAGGGGUUGUUUUCUGUUGAGAUUGAAUCAAUCGCCUUGUUGACACCUGACAAUCAUCACCCACAUUUAUCAUAAAGCAGACUGGCUUGGAUUGAAGCAGGCUGGAUAUAUAGCUCAGACCUUUGCCGGAGUGAACCUGGUCCACUUUGAAUUUGAUCCGGGAGAACUCGCUGUCUCUUCCAAGCGAAGGGUUCCUCUCAGAUGUCAUGGUACAGUAAAUCUGGCCUGCUCGCCGUGUCACCUUUAGGUGGCACUGUGGCAACAUUCAGAAAGAUGGGAUCCUUCCGGAAAGCAUAUUCUGCCAGUGCUUAUGAGAUUAAAGGAGAUGAAAUUUCAUUUUUAACAGAACGCACUUAUCUGCAUUGAUAUAUGUUCUCCUGUUUAUGGUUUUCAAUUAUCUUUGAUUUCUCAAACACAUUAGUUUCCCUGACUUUUUAUAACUUUGCCUGACAAGCUCUGUCCUGCUUUCACAUUUUAUUUUCUAGUUGGCCAUAUUCCCAAACCCCUUGUUAAAAGAUUUACCAUUUUAAAAACAGUUGGCUGACUUCUUGGAAAAAUCUGGUCUAGGAAAAGUUAACAUUCGUGUUUACUGCCCGUUGUUGACACAGUCCAUUUUUAUCAGUGUAGUUGUGAUCAAAUCGAGCUUCUUUGUCACUCACACUGCACACGGCAAGUGCUUAGCUACAUAAAUCAUUAUCUUAUUAAUUGUUUUGCCAAUGAAAACCACCAAGAAGUAUUUUUUUAGUAGCCCUGCAUGAAGUCAUUCAUUUCCUUUCAUAAAAAGGAAGGGGUGUCAAAAUGCCAGUGGAAAUUGUGUUAAUAUCAAAAUGUGCCAUUUUAUUAUAACACUAUAUUCUUUCAAGACAAUUGAAAUUACCUUUUUAUUUUCUGUAGCAUGUAAUGUGUUAAUAUACUAGUAAAUAAAGUCAAACCCAUGACAAAUGA